CCGGCGUGCACCAUGGAGACGAGCCUCGGUUCCUUCACCUUCGAGCUCCUCGUCGACGAGGCGCCGACGACGGCGGCCAACUACCUCGACCUGCUCGAGCGCGGCUUCUACGAGGGCCUGCACGUGCACCGCGUCGUGCCCGGCUUCGUCGUCCAGCUCGGCUGCCCGCACACGCGGGACCCGGCGUCGGAGCUCGCGGGCCAGGGCGCGCCGCCGCCGCUCCGCCGGUCCAACGCCAAGUACACGCUGUCCGCGGCGAACGCGGGGCCGCGGUCCACGGGGUCCCAGUUCUUCGUCAACCUCGCGGACAACGACGAGCUCGACUGGUUCUCCGGCGACGGCGAGGAAAACUCGCAGCACGUCGUCUUCGGCCGGCUCCUGGACGGCGCGGAA